UUUUAUAGCCGCGCAAUUUGCAUCUUCCAGUAUACGUGAGUCGAACAAGUCGUUCGGUUUAGUGUUUUGACGCGCGGGCGCAAAACGAAUGCCUACGCUGGGGGCUGUAGGGCAGCAGUGGCAAUGGGAGAACGCCACUGCAGGCGCCAUUGCUGGAUUCGCAACAGUUACUGUUCUCCACCCUCUCGAUGUCGUCCGUACUAGGUUUCAAGAAUUAUCAGUUAACGACGGUCGAAUCUCCAAUCUCCCAUCGUACAAGAACACCGGACACGCUAUCUUCUCAAUAGCUAGAACGGAGGGAUUGAAGGGCCUCUAUGCAGGUUUCUAUCCAGCAGUUCUAGGUUCAACUGUUUCUUGGGGUUUAUAUUUUUUCUUCUAUAGCAGAGCCAAACAGAGGUACUCUAAAGGGAGUGAGGAGAAGCUGAGCCCUGGUCUUCAUCUUGUUUCGGCUGCUGAAGCAGGUGUUAUGGUAUCCUUGCUCACAAAUCCUGUUUGGCUUGUAAAGACAAGAUUGCAGCUGCAGAGUCCUCUUCAUCAAACUCGACGUUAUUCUGGGUUUUAUGAUGCAUUAAGAACCAUAUUGAAAGAGGAAGGAUGGCAUGCACUGUAUAGGGGGAUUGGGCCUGGCCUUUUGCUUGUUUCUCAUGGUGCCAUACAGUUCACUGUGUAUGAGGAGCUUCGUAAAGUUGUUGUUGGUGUUAGGAGUGAAGAAGGCAAAAGCAGUCCCCAUAAUGGUGAUAAAGUUUUGAAUACUGUUGAUUAUGCUGUGCUUGGGGCAUCUUCUAAACUUGCUGCAAUUCUUUUGACAUAUCCAUAUCAGGUCAUUCGAGCAAGGCUUCAGCAACGCCCGAACAUUGAUGGAAAACCACAAUAUAUGGACAGUUGGCACGUUGUCAAGCAAACUGCUCGGUUCGAGGGUCUUAAUGGGUUUUACCGGGGUAUCACAUCAAACCUACUGAAAAAUCUCCCAGCUGCUUCAAUAACAUUUGUUGUUUAUGAGAAUGUCAUUAACCUCCUCAAACGAGUAAGAAGAACUGAGCUGUGAAGUUCCCCCUUCCUAAUCUCAGAGAGAGAGAGAGAGGGUGUAAUAUUACGAUAUUCAUCAUAUACACACACACAAAUCGCACAGAUUCCGACAUUUUGUCACAUAAAAAGCAAGAAAAUUUUGCCUCAUGUAGUAGUUAUAUAAAGCUUCUUGAUUCUGCCACUGCGGCACCCAUGCAUUCAUUUGGAACACUCAAUUCAACGAAGCCUUGUCUUUACUAAA